UUCUUGAAUGUUACCAUUCCGAAGUUCCUAUGUUGCAAACCUGGCAUCCUAGGUAUUAUCGAACCCACUAACAAUCAGUUAUAAUAUUGAUAAAUAACCCACACCUUUCCUUCACAAAUAGCGGACAUUGAAGCGUUGCUCAUUCAAAACUAUUCGCAUAUCGUAUUGCUUCAUUCCAGUUACCGAAGGCUUUCUUCAAACUACUCUAUUAUUAGCGCUUGUCGAUAUUAUUGUAAGUCAGCUAUGGAUACCGUUGUUUGCGUAGGCUUUCUUCUUUGUGUUAGUCGCAUCGUAUAAGGUAAAUGGUAGCCUAAUUCGUUGUCGAACCACGUAUUAAGUUGGUCAGAAAUCUUAACUUACAUGAAUUGGCAAUGGGCUCUUCGGGAUCAAAAAAUAGCGUAACUGUACCAACUAUUGGACAAAGCAAAGUUAGUGAUUUGAGUUUUGCAUCUUUACUACGUCGACUCGAGGAAAAACAGACUGAAAUCGAACGGUUGAAAGCUGCAAACCAAGCCCAACGAGAGGAGAUUAAGAAAUUGAAAUAUGAAUUGGAGACCAGUCGUAUAUCAGCGACGAUACAGAAACCAAUCUCAAACAAUGAACAACCGAAUUUUAAUUCUUCAAAUCUUCUGACACCUGAAGAUGUUAUUUCGUCUCAAGUUCCUCAAGGCAACAUGCCGAAGAUUGGAGAUCACGUGGUUUCAAUGUGGGGCGCGAGCAAGUGGCAAUAUUUUACAGCGACGAUUGUUGGAUUUGAUUCCUCCAGCCUAAAGUAUACAAUAGAAUGGGAUGAUGGAGAUCCCACUGGACGAGUAAUAGAUUACUACAAUCUUGCACUCGAUAAAGUACCUUCUCCCGAUCAAAUUGGAGUUGGAUCAAAAGUGCUGUUUCACCAGGGAGAAUACAAGCAGCAAGAAGUACACGGAGUUACAAGAUCUGGCGGAUUCAGAUGGCACCAGGGAGAAAUUACUAAAAGUGUCAGACAGCCGGACGGUACAAGGAAAUACCAAGGCAAACAUACAAAGGGGGCAAGUGACGGAAAAUGGGUGUUGUACAAGGACUAUUCUGAAUAUUUCUACAAUUACAAAAUAGAUGAUUUUCGAAUGCCACCGAACGUAUUUGACAUUCUGGACUCCGUAACGGGGCCAUCCGAAGGAACUCGCCCGCAGCAAUCUGAACAAGGAAGUAUAGAUGUUUUCAUAUCCUAUGCUAAAGUUAACAGUCCUGCAGCAAUAAAAAAUCAUGAAAUAGAGUCAAGUCUUCUUCCUCCAUCGUAUGAAGAAGUUAUGAUUGAAGAGUUAUGCGAUCCAAGAGAUAUAGUAUCGCACUUGAAGGAAAUGGGAGUUAGUGUUUACAUCACAGAGGAUAUAGUUGAUGAUAAUGAAGCAGGUCUGUUGGAAAUUGUAUCGGCUUUAAAACGGUCUAAAAUCUUUAUCGCAUGUCUAAGCGAUGAAUACGCGAGUAACGACAGGUGUCGGAUGGAAUUUCAGUAUGCAAAGAAAACAAUGAGAAUACCUGUUAUCCCGCUGGUGGUCGGCACGGGUUCAUUUCAGUGGAAAAUGACUGUUGUCGGACUUCUCAUUGCGGGGGAACUUUACAUUCAUUUCAAAGACAAAAGCGUGGAAGGAUUCAAAAUGAACGAACUUUUCCGCUCUAUCAAGAAACAUAUUCCCGAACUUCAACUAAAAAACGUUAAUUUUGCGGCGACUGGAAACGCCUCAUUAGAUCUCAUAACAACGCCAGGACUAACUCUAACAGGUGCGCAACUCGAGACGGGAGUGCCUGACAUUUUCUUCAGCUAUUGUUGGUCAAACUCCAAGUCUGCUGCUGAUAGAAAUCAAAUAUCAAAAUAUAUUGGAAACGAGUGGAAUGAUCCAAGGGAAAUUGCAGACAAGUUAGCACAAGCAAGCGGAGCUGCCACGUGGAUCGACAUAAAACGUCUAGAAAGUGCUGCCGAUGGCAUGGGCAUGUUUGGACAAAUCGCUUCAGCUAUCGGAGAUUGCAAAGCGGCUGUGGCGUGUGUUAGCAAUGAAUAUGCCAACAGCGAUAAUUGUAGAAUGGAGUUACAAUAUGCUGGUUCUUCCUUGCAAAAACCGCUCAUUAUUCUCGUUGUGGGCGAAGGGUCAGAGUGGAAGGAAACCGUAGUAGGGAAAGUGUCGUUGCUCGGAAAUGCCACAAUUAAUAUGCAAAAUAUAACAAGCACUGAGGAACUUGAUCAAAAAAUCACGGAAAUCAAAAACGCAAUUUUUGAGGUAGAUGCUUUUGAGGAAUCGUUGGGUGAUAAUGUUCUAAGAGACGAAAGUGAAAAGGCAUCUUCCGCGAAUGAGCGAGUGGUAACGCUGAAAAAGAAGAAGAGAGCGGUAAAAUUUUUCAAAGAAAAAUCAAAAAUUGUGACAAGAUCUAUUGUACCAACUUCACCUAUAAAGUUCAAAGCUCCAAUGAUUGGAGACCAUGUCGUCUGUUUGCAUCAAGGAUGGGCUUACUAUACAGCCACUGUGGUCGAGUUUGACCCAACCGAUCUUGUUUACACUGUUGAUUGGGACGACGGCGAUCCUUCUGGCAGAGUGCAAUCUUAUCAGGAUGUUGCAAAGGAUGUUAUUCCUGAUUCUUCUGAAAUAGGGGUUGGAUCAAUUGUAAUUUUUCCACAAGGCUCCUAUGGUGAAACUGAGGGAAAUAAUACAGGUGGAGAGCGUUAUCACCAAGGCAAAAUUACUUCAAUUGACACAAGAGAAGAUGGAAUCACCCGGUAUAAUGGAAUACACACGAAAAAUAAAGAUGAUGGCAAGUGGGUGACAUUCAGAGGCUACAAUUCUUCUUUCCAAAAUUUGACGUUGAAUCAACUACGUAUUUCACCGAAUGCUAUGGAUGCACUUAUGGCUUGCAAGCAAGCUUUCAAUUUGAAUGGCUGAGGUUUAACAAAAUAUCACUGUCUUGAUUUAACAGUAUUAAUACCUUGUUAACUAUAGUUCGUAGUUUUCAGUUCACAAUUUAUAUAUAUAUUACUUUGUCUUAAAUAAAUAUCAUGCAUUACAAAUAAAU